AUACCCUGCAGCUCUUGAACAUUAUCCCAUUGAGCACACCAGGGAAGUUCGGCUACCGGCAUGUCCAAGCACAGACUCAUCAUUCUGAGACACGGAGAGGGCGAGUGGAAUAAGCAGAACCGAUUUUGUAGCUGGGUGGACCAGAAACUUAACAGUGAAGGGCUGCAGGAAGCUCGGGACUGUGGGAAGCAACUCAAAGCCCUGAACUUUGAGUUUGAUCUAGUCUUUACGUCCAUUCUCAACCGGUCCAUUCACACAGCCUGGCUGAUCCUGGAAGAGCUGGGGCAGGAAUGGGUCCCCGUGGAGAGCUCCUGGCGUCUCAAUGAGCGUCACUAUGGAGCCUUGAUUGGCCUCAACAGGGAGAAAAUGGCCCUGAAUCAUGGUGAAGAGCAGGUAAGGCUCUGGAGGAGAAGCUACAAUGUGACCCCGCCUCCCAUCGAGGAGUCCCAUCCCUACUUCCACGAGAUCUACGAUGACCGGCGGUAUAAAGUGUGCGACGUAGCCCUGGAUCAAUUGCCGCGUUCAGAAAGCUUGAAGGAUGUUCUGGAAAGACUUCUUCCGUACUGGAAGGAAAGGAUUGCUCCUGAAAUACUAAAGGGCAAAACCGUUCUGAUAUCUGCUCACGGGAACAGCAGUAGAGCCCUCCUGAAACAUCUAGAAGGAAUCUCAGACGAGGAUAUUAUCAACAUCACUCUUCCCACCGGAGUGCCAAUUCUUCUGGAGUUGGAUGAGAACCUGCGUGCUGUCGGACCUCACCAGUUCCUGGGUGACCAGGAGGCCAUCCAGGCAGCCAUUAAGAAAGUGGAUGACCAAGGAAAAGUGAAGCAAGGCAAAAACUGAAAUCCGGAGUGGCCAGGGGCCAGCGCAGGAGUGGCCAGAGGCCAGCGCAGGAGUGGCGUUCAGUGUGUUGCUACGUGGGUUUCCCCUUUCUCCAUUUCCCCCAAGGCUAGGCUGUGUGGUAGAGUUUGUGUAGGUAGAUAACUAGGUAAUUUAUCACGGCCCAGAUGUGACCUUAGGAUGCUGAAAAGCUUUUGACUUAAGCCUAUGUUGACUUUUCUGCUACUACUGCUUGAAGUAAGUUGGAAGUGGGGUUUGAUCAAGGCUGUCUUAUGAGUUCUGGAGACAAGAGAGCAACAAGUGGGGAUAAAAUCGAUUAUCACUUAACAAGUCAUUACUGAGUCACCCGUGACUAGCACCGGUGCCUUCCAGUGAGCAGUUCACCUUUCUACUUAGUAAUUCUGAAAUACCGCGGUAGUACCCGGGUAGUUUAGACCAGAGGUCCAUCAAACAGGAACACCACAGAGGGGUCCUACGGAAGAUAACCAAGCAUCACAAUAGCGCAGGGCGCUGUAAUUUCCCCUAGCCCAGCGCUGCCCUCUUUGCCAUCAGUAGAGAUGGUCUUCAGCCACUACAACGACCAGGGCGUGAUGCACAGCUGUGGCCAUUCAUAUUCCCUUUCUGUCUCGUUUUUAGUUUUUGAACUUUAAUCUUUGGGUACUUAUCAGUUAGUUUAAAAUAAAGUUUUGUGACUGCAAACAAA